AUGUUGGUUGGAAAGAGAAAGUGUUUCGAAGAUGAGCCAAGUGAAACUAGAAAUCCUACCUUUGCUCUAAGAAGGCGUAUUACUUAGGAGAGAAAUUUAGAAACUUUAUGCCAGGCACGUAAAAGAAUUACUUUAUAAAAUUUGGCGAUUAUUUAAGAGAAGUACCCUCAGAUUCAGCAAUCAGAUAUUUUGAGAUUAUUGGAGGAUUUCGACAACAAUGUUGAGAUAGUCUUUGAGAUUCUUGGGUAAAAGGCCUCCAUUCCACAGAAAUUCGAGAUUGGCGAUGCAGAUUUUGACAAUUACAAAAAGGCUUUAAAAGAGGAAUUACUCAAAAGGCUCUAGCAAUCAUAAAAUAUCCAGUCGGCUCAACAGGUGAUAUAAUUAUGUUUUGACGCCUUCGAGUAAAAAUUAGGGGAGAAAUAUUAGUCGAAUACCCAGAGAUUGGAGGACGAGAACAAACUACUGAAGCAGGCAUUUCUCAAGUAGCACAAGAGGAUCGAGAAAAUAAGGGUAGAAGCAGAAAAUAAAGAGAAAUAAAAUUAAAAUUUAAUUAAAUCACUCACUGAAGAAAAUAAACAAUAAUAAUAAAUUAAUAAUAACCUCACAAUAUUGUUAAUACAAGCUUAGCAAAAUAACACUGUUUCAACUCUUAAUAACAUUAACAAUGACAUAUAUUGAACAAUAUAUUUCUAAUUUAUUUGUUAUAAUUAUAAUUCUUAUAUGA